AUGGGCGAGAAGCAAUAUGAAUGUAAAGAAUGCGGGAAAGUCUUCAAUGAUUCCUCAACCCUAAGGAGACAUGUAAGAACUCAUACAGGUGAGAAACCCUAUGAAUGUCAUGAAUGUGGGAAAGCUUUCAGUCAGAAAACAUCUCUUAAGGCCCACGUGAGAACUCACACUGGAGAGAAACCUUAUGAGUGUAAUCAUUGUGGAAAGUCUUUUGGAACAAGUUCUUACCUUAUAGUGCACAAGAGAAUACACACUGGGGAGAAACUCUAUGACUGCAGCGACUGUGGGAAAGCCUUCAACACAAGCUCUCACCUCAAAGUUCACAAGAAAAUACACACUGGAGAAAAUCUUUACGAAUGCACUGAUUGUGGGAAAGGUUUUAGUGGUCUUUCGUCCCUUAGAAUGCAUGUGAGAACUCACACUGGAGAGAAACCCUAUGAAUGUAAGGAAUGUAGGAAAUCCUUCAGUGUUUCCUCUUCCCUUAGGAGACAUGUGAGAACUCACACUGGAGAGAAACCCUACGAAUGUAUUCAAUGUGGAAAAGCCUUCAGUCAGAGUUCUUCACUUGUUAUACACAAGAGAAUCCAUACUGAGAGAGAAUCCUUGUAA